AAAAAUUAAUAAUAAAUUUGUUCGUAAUAAUGUAUAGUACCUACAUUUUUCAUUCGUGCACUUUUGCCUUUUCCCCACUCUGCAUUUCAUCUCCCCUUCUUGGAAAAAAAAUUGUUAAAAAUUGAUAUCUACAUACUCGUCGAUUAGUCUCGAUGAGAUAAAAACAAAUUCUGUCUGGAAUUGUGUAUUUAUGUUUAAAAUGGUAGUACGUGUGUGAAACUCUUCGAACAGCGAAAAAUGUUUUACAUGAUCGUUGCACGAGUUUCGCAUAACCUCUCUGGGAAACGGAGUCGGAUUUUGCCCUGGCUGAAGUUACAUAAACCGGAGAAAAAAGUGUGUCAAAAAGUUCUAAAUACAAGAUUGAAAAGGCGUGAUAGAACUUCAAUAAAACAGCAACGUUUUUAGUUUAAAGAAAAGAGAAGAACUACAUUUUUUUAUUUGUACUUUUGCUUAAUAAAUCUUGGAAAGUAGCUAACAUUUCGCACGAAAAAAGCAAUAUCAAUAUAUAUAAAAAACAAUAUAAAAAAAUAUUUACACAAAUACUUUUCUUCUGCUCAUCGUGUCGCUUGUAAGAACUUAAUCAAGAAAAUGUCGCAAACAUUUGUUAAACGUUUCACCGAUCUUCUGAGAGAUCGCAAGCUUGAAGAAGUUCUCAGACUGUUUAUAACCGAAGAUCCUAAAAUAAUUGACAAUUCAAUGAGCGAAAUUGUGUCUGUUGCUACUAGCUAUCUUACUGAGUCCAACGCACAAUAUGAGCAAGAAUUAUUUGAAUGCUGUAAGACUGUAUUAGUUAUUAUAGCAGAAAAGUAUAAUCCCAUGGAGACUAUAUUGGAGUUUUUGGGAUACAUAGAGUUUUCAAACAAUGAUACUAAAUUCUGUGCUAUUUUAGAACCAUUAAGAAUAUGUAUGAUAAAAAUGAAUGAGAAGAGCAAAACUAUUGAAUGGUGCUUUAGUACUAUCAAGUCUUAUAUUGAAGAGCUACCUAUGCCAAAUAGUACCACUGAUGAAGAUGCAGUUAGUGACAGAAUUAUGAAAGUAUAUAAACACAUCAUAUGGUUCUUGGAACCAAUAAUACAAGAAGCAGUAAAGAUUAAUUGUACACUUGAAGAAGGAUCUCUACUUGGGGACUAUCUUUUGAGCUUUCUUAUUUCUCUACAUGGAAAACCUUUUUGUUAUAUCAACAGAAAAAGUACACAAAAGGAAACAUACAAGAAAUUGGUGGAAGAAAUGAUAACAUCAACAUUUUGUCUCACUGAAGAUAUAUUAUAUUUCUUAGAUAUUGUUAGUAAGCGUAAAAAAACUAUCCAAAGACAAGUACAGGAUAUUUCACACAUAGAGAGCUAUAAGCGCAGUAUACUCUUCCAACAACAGGAUAAUAUAUCGAAUCUGGCUUAUGCUAAUUUUUAUUUUCAUGUAAUUACCAAGAAGAACCUUUGGCGGAAUGUACCGCAAGUUUAUAAUCCUUAUUAUAUCCUUGAGAUAUGCAUGCAUUUUUUCAAAAUAUUACUUUGCAAAGAAGAAGAGAUUUUAAUCUCCAAUGGACUAACUUUUAUGGAAAGUGUUUUAAAACGUAUCCUACCUCGUUCUGUUGAUACGGACAUAUUGGAACUACCAAUAUAUUUAGACUUGUUUAAGCCACUUAUUAACAUAAUGGUUUAUUGCAACAAUGAAGUUGAACGAAAGAAAGCACUGCAUAUUUUUCAAGAAUAUAUCGAGAUAUUUAACAUGAGAGCUAGAUAUUCUGUUCUCUCUUAUUUAUACAAAAUUAGUGAAAUUAGUUCUGGUUUAAUGAGCUUAAUCACCAAUAUAUUCAAAUCUUCAAUCAUUGAGUGUCUCAACUCAACUCCGCAGAAUCCUCAGUUUUUGGGAAAAAAUUUGGAACUAAUGUUGAAAAAAGCUUGUAACUUGCCACAUGGAAGUACUACGGAUUUAGUAGAAAUAUCAGAUGAAGUAAUUACCACGCUGAAUCUAUUGCGAUUCUUGUAUAUCAAAGACAAACAUAAUGAGACUGGUAUUUGGUGUAUUACAAAUGAACUGAAAGAUAAUUAUUUGAAGCCAAUGAGAGAGGGAAUAGAUUUAUGUAAAACACAUUGGAGAGUGAAGAUGAGAGACUUGGAACAACAGAAAAAAAAUUACACCAAGAUACAUGAUUACAAUAUGAUAAAGAAAGUUGAUGCAGAAGUCACACUAACUAUUGGUGGUCAACAGUUGCCGGUCAUGCCAUUGCCUGAAAAAAUUUCUUUUUGUCAUCGAGCAAUAAAUGGUUUAGAUGUAAUGGAAAGCAUUCUAAUUAGAGUUAAUGAAUGUAUAGAAACUGGCAAAAAUUAUCAACAGGAAUUUUAAGAAAUAUGUGAUACUCGCAAAAUAUUGUACAUGUAAAAGCAAAAGCAAUCAUUAUAUUGUAAAAACUCUUGCUCAAUUUCUACGAUCAAUUAUUAAUUAAUUAUUCAUUGCUUAAUAAAAGUUUGUUUUUCUACCAUAUUUAUUUUCUGCUUUCAUUUAGUAUUUCUUCUGUCUGUUGUGUAAGAGAAUGUCAUGUUAUAAUUUUAAUUUUUUAUAAAUUAUGUAUGUAUACACAUAUGUAUAAUUUUGUAAAAGUAGAUAUUAUGUA